AGAUGGAAGCCAGAAGCGAUCUGAAGUACAAAAUUUACGAGAUUUUCAAAGAGUUUAUGACUGGGAUCACAAAGCUUGAGGAACUAGAUAAUGCUGCAAAUAGCUUUCUUAAACGGUUUCAGCAAGGACUCAGCUUUCUCCAACGCCCUCCUAUGGUUACUUCAUCCAAGUUGAUCGAGAACAUUAUGAAGAACAAUGAAACAAGACGGCUUAAAUCAUAUAUAGAAUCAGGCUGUAUUAACAUCGAUGAUGCUGCACAAAGCACAAAAGCUUUGCAUACAUCUUUAUCAGGACUUUCUGAUCACCUAAUCAAAGCUCAAAGCUUGUUAACUGAGCUGGAGCGUCUCACCGAUGAAGCAGCUCUUGCAAUUGAGACUGCCACAAAUUUUUCUACACAGCUAGAUAAAGAAUCAUGUGAUGAGUUACAACGAGUAACGUGUGAUGAUGAGGAGAAGGCGACUGUUACUUUCCCUGAAGCACCUGAAGUUACAGAGUACGCUACAGUUAUUGCAGUAGUUUACAGUAUGGUGAAGCAGAACUAUGCGAUGCAGGAAAAGAUGGUGAGAUCGCUUAGUUUGAAGUCAUCAUCUGCUGAGCUAGAGACUUACACUAUGAUGUGGUCAUUGCGUCCUUUUGUAGAAGAAGAUUUUGGCCCAUUUACUAACAUAAGCUUUCAUCAAGCAAGGAAAUUAGAAAAAUGUUCAGAAAUCAGAAGCAAAUUCGUGAGCAGAUCUUGCGGCGUCUUCGGAUUUUUCGUGGCUGCGUCUGACGUUGCCACGAAGAAGACGAAGAUGGAUUACCAGAACAAGCUUGUCCUUGCUCCCAUGGUUCGUGUGGGAACGCUCUCUUUCAGGAUGUUGGCGGCGGAGUACGGCGCCGAUAUUACAUACGGCGAAGAGAUUAUCGAUCAUAAGCUUGUUAAAUGCGAGCGCCGAGUUAAUGUUGCUGCCGGAACAACUGAGUUUGUGGAGAAAGGGUCAGAGAAUGUCGUCUUUAGCACAUGUGAUGAAGAAAGAAGUAGAGUUGUUUUUCAGAUGGGGACUUCUGAUGCUGUUAGGGCUCUAAAAGCUGCUGAAAUUGUGUGCAAUGAUGUUGCAGCUGUUGAUAUUAAUAUGGGUUGCCCCAAGGCUUUCUCUAUUCAAGGAGGAAUGGGUGCUGCUCUGUUGAGUAAACCUGAGCUAAUCCAUGAUAUAUUGGCAACGCUUAAGAGGAACUUAGACGUACCGGUGACUUGCAAGAUUCGACUAUUAAACUCACCAGCAGAAACUGUUGAGUUGGCAAGGAGAAUCGAGAAACUUGGUGUACCAGCUCUUGCUGUACAUGGGAGGAAAAUUGCAGACAGGCCGAGAGAUCCUGCUAAAUGGGACGAGAUAGCAGAUGUGGUCGCGGCUUUAUCCAUCCCCGUUAUUGCGAAUGGAGAUGUUUUGGAGUACGAUGAUUUUACUCGCAUUAAAACUGCAACAGGCGCUGCAUCAGUGAUGGUUGCAAGAGGAGCUAUGUGGAAUGCUUCAAUUUUCUCUCCAAAAGGAAAGUCACACUGGGAAGAUGUGAAAAAGAAAUACCUUCGAAAGAGCAUCUUGUGGAAUAACGAUGUUAAGAGCACUAAAUACACGAUCAAGGAGAUGAUAGCUCAUCAUUCUUGUCUUGAGCUACCCGAAGGCAAGUCUAUCAACAAAGCAGACACUUUGGAAGAUCUAGCGCAGCUUUACGAGUUGGAAGAUUACUAUUGGACAGUGAAGAACAUUCGUCCCUUUGACACU